GAAGCAGCAGGAUGCCGCGGCGAGCGCAGCGACUCACGGCGUCCUUUUUACCGUCUCCCGCCGCCGCCGCCUCUCGGUCACGGCCACUCUAAUGGGCGUUUUUACCCGCCUGUUUCCACGCUUGGAUAUUACCGGAAGCCCCGAAAUGAAGCGAAUGAACAUACAGAAGCAGAGAGAAACGCACUGAAAGAACACGUUUACCCCAAACUACGAGACUUCUGCAGGGAGAACUACGGCAUUGAAUUCCAGGUGGUGGACCUGUACUGGGGAGUAGAUCCAGAGGAGUGGGACAGUCCAGAGCUGCACAGACUCCGAAUGAAACUUCUGGAAGAGUGUUUGAAGACGUCAGCCGGACCGUGCUUUGUUGCUCUGGUGGGAGAAAAAUAUGGAAGCAUCCGAGUUCCAGGGGAGGUGGAGUCAGCGGAGUUUGAGAUGAUCUUGGAUGCAGCUGUGGAGGCGGGGCUGGACACACACAUCUUGGAGGAGUGGUACUGCAGGGAUGAAAACUCCGUGCCACCCGCUUACUACCUCAAACCCAAAGCCCAAAUGCUCAAGAACUACCAGAACUCUAUGGAGUCAAGCAGCGCAGCAAAAACCAAGAACGACAAGGCCUGGAGGAACACGUCAGAGGAGAUCAAGAGGAUCUUCCGAACGGCCGUGCUGCAGCUUCAAGAGAAGGGGACCAUGAAGAGCACYGAGGCCAACAAAUUCCUCUGCUCUGCUCUGGAGGAUGAGUUGGACUUUGCCCUCGGGAAACAAACCCCUGCCUUUCUCAGGAAAUGCGUCUGCUACAUUCGCAAGAUCUCCAACUUCGACCGCUUCGCCAAAAUCCCCGACAUGGCCCGCUACAUGGACACGGUGGUCAGCGGCGAUCGCGUCAUGCGCAACCAGGAAGCCUACGAGCGCCUGCUGAAAGUGCGGGAUGAGUUCAUCCCCACGAUCGUGGCAGCCUCCAACCUGCGCGUCUACUCGUCCGUCACACACUGCGACAUGAAGCUGGGCUACUCGCAGGAAGUGGAGAGUCACUACGUGGAAGGGCUGUGCAAGCAGUUCUACGAGGACAUGGUGGACAUCAUCCAGGCCACGGUUCAGCAGAACUUCGACACAGAGACCGACCCGCUGUACGACGAGCUCCUACAGCACCUGUCCCUGUGUAAGAGCUACGCAGCGCUCUAUAAGUACAAGGCUGAGUCUCUGGAUUUUGUGCAGGAGUAUGUCAUGCCGUCUAAGGGGAGCAGGAUGUGCCCUCUGGUGGUGUUCGGAGGACCCUGCACCGGAAAGACGCUGCUGCUGUCUGAGGUGGCCAAACAGGCCUAUACAUGGCUUCAGAAAGAGAUGGGUCCUGAAACUGAUCCAGUGGUCAUCGUUCGGUUUAUCGGCUCCAGCCAGCCCUCCACAGACCUACGAACUCUACUCCAGAGCAUCUGUGAACAGAUUGCAAUAAACUACCGCUGCCUGAUUCACUUUUUGCCURACAAGAUUCAGGAGAUGAAAGAACUCCUUAUUAACCUUCUUGGUGAAUCUUCAUUCCAUAGGCCUUUGGUCAUCGUCCUGGAUGCCUUAGAGCAGCUUUCAGAUGCAGAUGAAGCUCGCAAGCUGUGGUGGCUCCCCAUACAUCUUCCUCGCACUGUCCGCAUUGUCGUUUCGACGCUGCCUAAUAAGCAUGGCAUCUUGCAGAAACUCCGCCACCUCAUCCACGAUGAGAGGUACUACGUGGAGCUAAUUCAGAGGGACCGAAAAGUCUGCAGCCAAAUGUUAAAACAGCAGUUGCUUGGGGUUAAGAGGAAGGUAACCUCAGGCCAACAGAUUUAUGUCAACGAGGCACUCGCCAAGUGUACGUUGCCAAUGUUUGUCAACCUCAUCUAUAGAGAAGUAGUUCAUUGGCGGUCUCACAAGGACGUGGAUGAUAAAUCUCUUUGCUCUACAGUGCAUGAGAGCAUAGAGCAUCUAUUCUACUCUGUGGAAAACAAGCUGGGCCAGCGAUUUGUCUUUAGAGCAUUAGGAUAUAUCACUAUGGCCAAGGCUGGGCUAACAGAAGUUGAACUAGAAGACAUCCUGUCCCUUGACAACAUAGUUCUCGGGGAUGUCAUUGUGGCCAGUUACCUCAAAAACCCCUUGAGGAUCUCCUAUGAUUUAGUUGCUAAGCUUAGAGAGGAGCUGGAGGGCUAUCUAGUGGAACGACAGGUGCGAAACGUCACACUGAUGGUCUGGGCCAACAGGCAUCUACACCUCAUCGCCCAGAAGCUGUAUCUUAGCAAUGAAGAGGAUGUGCAUCAGAUGCACAGCCUCCUGGCUGAGUACUUUUUGGGUGCAUGGGCAGGAGGCAGGAAGAAGAUCUUCACUUACGAUAACAACCAUUUCACUUCCUUGAACAUUUCACAUCACAAAAACCCUCAUCAUCAACAGUCCCAUGAGAAAACCUCCUCAGAUAAAUACUCAUAUGACAGACAGACCCCCGAGCAGCCUUGGGUGUUCCAGUGCAACCUUCUGGAGCCUGACAUUUUCUUUGUCAAUCACAGAAAGAUGACGGAGCUGGUGUACCACCUUACCAGGAGUGGACGCACGGAUGACCUCAUGUUUGGUGUCAUCAUGAACUUCAGCUGGCUAUACACAAUGAUCAAGAUUGGCCAGUUUGAUAAGGCUUUAACAGACAUUGAUCUAGCUUACAGUUGCAGUCAAGAAAAAGAGCUAAAGUUUCUGGCCACUACUCUUCGUAGCAUAAAGGUUAAAGUACUAAAAAACCCUGCAUCGCUCUCUGCAGAACUUCAGCAAAGGCUUUUGCCAGUUGUCACCUCCCUACCAAGACUAAGACACCUCCUUCUGGAGUGUGACAAAGAUGGCCCAAAAUACUGCUCUAUAGUGCCUCUCCACUCCUCUAUGGAUGUCACUUACAGUCCAGAAAGGCUUCCUCUUUCCUCCAGCUACAUGCAAAUUGUAGAGAUUUUGCCCACUCUAGCCCCAAACAUAGUUCUAGUAGCUUUAGAAGAUGGAUCUAUCAGCACUUGGGAUGUAGAGAGCAGGCAGCUCUUAAGACAGAUUGACACAGCCAGGUCUGUUGUGCUGGGGAUAAGGCUAACCACUGAUGAGAAGUAUCUGGUUGUUGCCACAACCAAAAAUACCCUGCUCAUUUAUGAUAAUCACAAGUCUUGCCUUUUAUCAGAGGUUGAAGUGAAGGGGUCAAAGAACAGUGGCGUCACUGGGGGAGUCGCUUUUAUCAACGGUUUUACUCUUUCUACCCAUCAUGCUUUGGCUUGGCUUGAGGCUAGUAAAGACGUUAGCAUCAUUGAUCUUGUGUAUGGCUGGCCUCUUUACCAGUUUCAUUGCUGGUAUGAGGUGACUUGCGUCCAAUGUUCACCAGAUGGAUUGUAUGCCUUCUGUGGCCAGUACCUCAACACAACAUCUAUCUUUCAUCUAGGAAAUGGAGAGAAGUUGGCUACUGUAACAUCUGAGUUUUCUGGGGGGUUUGUGAAGUCCAUCCUUGUUCUGGACACCCUUAAUCAAAUGGUAAUGAUCGACAAUGAAGGCAGUUUGUCAGUAUGGAACACCAAAGAGGUUACCAACCCCAAGCUCAUGGAGGACUAUGAUUGUCGAGGGGAUGAGAGCGAAGUAGUGGGUAUUGAGUUAUCCGAAGAUCAGCGUUCUAUUCUUAUUUGCAAGGUCUGGAGUAUUGAGGUGCUUGACACAAAGCUCUGGAAAAUGGCAGAGAAAUUCAAAGCCAAACGUAGCGAGCGCUUUGUUGCUGCUGUUCUCUCCAAAAAUGGUCAAAGCAUCGUGGCCUCCAUGGAGAACACGUCCUCCAUUUUUGUCUGGAGGAGGGACAGUGGACAGUGCAUGGCUAGCCUGAUAGAAAUCUCAGGGGCUAUCGUUAAACUCAUCAAAUCAGCCCACCACAACUUGCUCCUUUCUGUUGCCAGCAGUGGAGUUCUGUCUGUUUGGGACAUUGAUAUAAUCACCGCCAUGUCAAACAUUGACAAAACAGGCAAGAAAAUUCAGACAUUGCAACUAACAGGCAGAGAGGACUAUGUGUUUACCAUGGAUGGCUCUGAAGCUGUCCACAAGUGGAACUUUAGCACUGGCUUCAUUGAGACAGUCUUCAAACAYGAGAGCAUAGUGGAGAAUUGUGUCCUGACCUCCUCAGGGGAUCUCAUGGUGACUUCAGACGACAAGUCUAGUCAGUACAUUUGGCAAACCAACACUGGAGAAAACAUCUUCCGCAUCAAUGGACAGAGAAUAUCACAGUUGCUGAUCACCCACAACGACCAGUUUGUGGUGUCCCUCUGUGAGCAGAAUGCCUCCAGGGUCUGGAGACUUGCUACUGGGCACAAAGUGUGUAACAUUUUGGUCACACUCCAGAAUGCACUGAUCACCACAGCUAACACUUUUCUAGUGGGAACAUCUAAGAAUAAACUUCUUGCUGUCAGCCUAUGGUCAGGCAGCGUAUCAAAAAAAUUUGUCUGUGAUGAUGGCAUCACCAUUGUCAACUUCAAGCUCAUUCCUGACUGCCCUGACUGCGUAGUCUUCAUCACGUCCACAGAGACCGUCUUCAUCUGGAGCGUAGCAGAUGAGUCUGUAUGCAGGCGAGUCCAGCUGCCAACCAACUUCCUGAAAAAUCUUGAGGACUUUCAGAUCUCACCCAACGGGAAAUUGGGAAUAGUCUCCAAAGGUGAUGAGAACAUUAAUGUUCUGGAUCUUCAUAGCGGAAAGCUGAGGCUUGUCCAUGCAGCAGGCAUAAUCUGGCGUCAAAAAUUAUCAAGAGAUGGACGUUAUCUCGUCUAUGUUUGCUUUCGGAACUGCGAUGAGGACGACGAUGCAGGCGUAGUGUCCAAUCUGAUCGUGAUGCGCCUCGCAGAUGGCAAGAGCAUCGGCACAUGUUCGCUAUACAAGACUCCCACCUUCCUAUCACUCUCUCAGCGAGCACUAAACAUCAUCAUAGGCUUUGAGGAUGGCAGCAUUGGUACAUACACAGUUGUGGACCGUGUGGACGCUGCCCUCAAGAUCAAGAUAGCCACAUCCAACAGCCGACAGAUUGUCAACAAUGCCUCACAGAAAGUACGCCCCAAAUGUGGCAAUCAUUCCUAUAAGACUGUGGCCGACUGCACCUGGAGGGAGUCGACGGAAGUCUUCUCAAGAGACAGCCCCGUCAAUGUGUCGGAUUCCGGAGAGGGAGAGUCAACGACACCUACAAAGAAGACUGAAUUGGUGCAGUGAAGUAUGGAGGACAGGUGGAGUUAAGGAAAACAAAGGGGGAACAAGUGACAAAGUUUAGAAUCUCUAGGGAAUCGCAGUUGAUUCUUGUUUACAGCCACGUGAUUCAGCUGCAGAUGUCAGCCCUGUGGGUAGUUAAAGGGCCGACGAUUUAACGCUGCACUCAAACGAUAGAUUACUUACUUCCACUUUAUUAGAUUUACUCAUAAUGACUGUUCAACAACAAAAAAUUAAAAGCAUUAGUUUGUUUAAAAAUGUGUAACAUUUUACUUUGCCAUUUUGUGUCUUUUUGCAUUUGAAGAACAAAAUUAUCAAAAAUGUCUUAGUCAAACAUUUUCAAAGCCAGUCUGGUGGCCUUAGCCACUUUCAUGAUCUUAUUUUCAUUGUAUAUGUUAAGCCAUAAUGUUGUUAAGAGUAUAUUUACAUUUGUAUCAACAUCAGGUGGUACUGUACAAAAAGGAAGAACUAUGAACAAAAGUAUGUACAGUCUCAUUUUGGCUGCUGCAAUUUGUGCAACUCCUUAAAGACGUUUUGUUGUGCUUAAUGCAAUCAAAGUGAGUGCCUGGAAUUUAAAAUGUUCUUCAUGUGCAGAUUACAAAGUUUAUGAAAAUGCAGGGACUUAUAAACACAGUAUACGCACCGUUGCUUUCUAAGAUCGAGUCAACAUCUGGAGAGAUCCAUGGCGUUGUUCUAAAUAACGGUUACUGUAUUUUUUCUCUGAACAGUUUACAUAGAUUUGAUGUGAAUUUCUCUGCAGUUCCAUCAGUUUUGUGUGCAGGUCGUUUUUAAGGGGAACACCACUAUUGAGCAUACAGUGUAGCAUAGCACCAUACACAUUAACGCCUUAACCUGUGUACUUGCUUUAGGUUCUGAAGAGUUUUACGUGUUCCAGAAUAAAAAAGGACAGAGUGAGUUUUCCUAAAAUAAUCUGGCCAACAUAUUUAGAAGAUUAUUCAUUAAAUGGAAGCACUUUAUGGGUGGUUUGUGAGAAAUUGUUGAAGUAUUUUUAGAUAAAGUAUAAACUGAUGAAAAUUAUUUAGCUUUUCUUUUUAAAAAUAUAUAUUUGGUCUGCCAAUUGAAACAAUUACAUUUGCAGGCAAUUUUGAAAUGCUACAAUCUCCCAAAAAAUAUUUGGUUUGAUUAAGUAAACCAUUAAGUUGUUAUUUAAAUAGAAAACUCAGUAAGGGAUCAUUUUUUUAUUUUAUGUGACUAAACAAAGUCAGGGAAAUGACAAGGAACAUGAUAAUUUAAAAAUAUAUAAACCCUGUGGCUGUAUCACCCUAAAACAGAAAUGCAAAUAUGAGGGUAAAAAUUGUAGCUGUAGCAAAAGAAAAAGAAAAAGUUUUGAUAACAUCUGAGCACAGAUUGAAAGCAGAUGUUGAAAACAAUAAACCCUUUCUGCAAUUAUUAA